AUGGGGAAGAAACUUGACGCUUUGCUGGGAAGAAACUUCAAAUCUUCCAAAUUCAAAACUUACGUGAAUCUUGCAAUCUCAAGGAUAGCAUUCCUUGAGAAGCAGCAUCGAGUCCGUUGUCAACAAGCAAGGUCUGAUGUUGUUCAGCUUCUCAACCUUGGCCAGAGGGAACGCGCCCUCCUUCGUGUUGAACAUGUCAUCAGGGAGCAAAACAUGUUGGAUGCAUAUGUUAUGAUAGAAAACUACUUCAAUCUACUGAUGGAGAGGAUUGUUGUCCUGCGGAACAACAAACAAUGUCCUGAUGAACUCAAAGUAGCCAUAUCAAGCCUGAUCUUUGCAGCUUCAAGAUGUGGAGAAUUGCCAGAACUACAAAAGAUUCGUGGGCUGUUCACAUCAAGAUAUGGCAAGGAACUUGACACUCGUGCUGUCGAACUUCGCAGCAACUGUGGAGUAAAUCCGACGAUUGUAAAGAAACUAUCCACCGGAAGACCAAGCUUGGAUAGCAAAUUGAAAAUGCUGAAAGAAGUUGCUCCAAUGCAUGAUAUCAGCAAUCUGUUUGAAGGAGGAUCUUCUAAAAUCUCUGAUAAGAAAAUGGAUGCACACAAACAGCAAAGGCAGCCUGAGGGGAAGCCCCAAACAUCAGCUAACGUGUAUAACGCCAGGCUUGAAGAUGCCAACCAGAAUUUGGCUUUUAAGCUUAAGCUGGAUGAAAAAUCUUCUGAAAGAAAGAACGCAAGGAAAGAGUAUAGAGAUGCCGAGAGUGCAGCUCAAGCAGCUUAUAAAUUUGCAGCUGAGGCAGCAGAAGCCGCCAGAGCUGCUCUGCAACUCGCACGACCUCAUCAGAAUGAUCCUAAUGCUCCAAUCUCUUCAAGUCAAGAAACUAAUGUAUCCGACAUUGAUGUAUCUUCAAAAUUUAGACGUCAGGCUGAUGGUAGUGCGACUUGGAAGGAAAAUAAGAAAGGAAAUGUAGGACAUGAUCCUUACAGAAUGAAUGCUACAGGCAUCCUGAGCACUAAAGCAAGAGGUGGACAGAUAUCAGAUAACAAGAAUAGCAGCCAUCACAAAGAAUCUGAAGAGAGAUACAAGAUGACAGAAUUAGAGACGUUGCUACAUGGUUUGUGUUCAGGAUCAGGCAGUGGCAGCUUUACCGCAUCAUUGAAGUGCCCAGAACGUUUCAGUUCAGAGAGGAACCCUAGCCUGCAAACAUUUCAAGCUGAUCAGGUAAAGCAUACUGCAGAAGGAAAAUUAAAUAUGGUAAAUACAUACAAUAAGGACUCUACAGAGAAAUAUGGUCUAAAUCGUCCAAGCUUUGGCAGGAAGCCUCUAUCAGUUAGGACUAGACGAUCUUAUAGGGCUGUUGGAGAGUUGAUCCUGAAUCUGGUGGUGAUUAUCAAGAGGCGGAAAUCAACUGUUUUUCUCAAAUGA